CGGAAAAUCAGGUUCAUCCAGGCAGUUGCAGAAGUCAUAUAACUUCGCCGCAGAGUCAUACGUGGAUUGCAGUACCAUCAUGACGAAUACCGCAGAUAUCAGGUCUGGCAAGGUAUACGUUCGUGGCAAGUGCUACAGGAGCCAAAGCAAGAAUGGUACACCUUAUGUCACAUGUCUUGUGCUGUGCCCAAGUACUGGGUUGGUGGCAGACUCAUGGUGCCAGUGCCCUGCCGGUGUUGCUGGAGCAUGCAGUCACGCCAUGGCCCUACUUCGCACAGUGUCCCUCCUGAAAAUGCAUGGGUUUGACGAGUCUCCACCUGAACUAGCGUGCACAGAGCUCCCACAGCGUUGGCGCCGUCCAAGGCAAGCUGCCAUGAGAGCAGCAAGUAUUCAAGACAUCGAUUGGAGGAAGCCCCGAGAAGGAGGAAAGGAAACACCCACAUGGUCUCGUCUCUUUGACCCACGAAGAGAGGACGACCGCGAGGAGAGCAUGAACAGUGAUGUCAAAAGCCUGGCUGAAUGUCUUGUAAGGAAAGGCCACCAAUUUGCUAUUGUGCUCCAAGAGGGAUCAAAGCUGCCAUUCAGUGAAACAAAGUUUGGUGAAGCCCUGCAAGGUUCACCUGCCACGUAUCAGCAGUCUCGCAAGCCUGCACAAUUAGAAGUAUGGCGGUCACAGAAUAUUGAAAUAGUUACAGAAAUGUGUGACCCAGAUGUGCCCACAAGGAUCAAUCUGUUUGAAGAUGCUGUCGCUGAGUAUCGACUACCACCACUUCUCGACAAGUGCCAGGCAGAUAUCUUGAAGGAAAUUGUUCUCACAAGCGAGGACGCUAGAGCUCUUGAACAGAACACCCGUCAGCAAGCGAGCAGUAAACGAUGGCUCUCUGCAAGGAAGUUGCGGCUUACUGCGUCACAAUUUGGCAAUGUUUUGCACCGCUCUCAGUGGACUGAGAAGGGACUGAACAACCUAACUGCUCAACGUGACCUGUCCAAGGUACGAGCUGUGGCAUAUGGAAGAAAACACGAGGAUGUUGCCGCACAGUGCUAUGAAGGUGUAAUGAGACGACUUGGGCAUGAUGUCGCACUAUCUACAGCAGGCAUUGUGGUGGAUCCAAGCUGCCCUUGGUUGGGUGCCUCACCAGAUAGAUUCGUGCAUGACCCCACAGAGGCUAAACCUAAUGGUGUGCUUGAGAUCAAGUGCCCGUAUACACUGAAGGACAGCGAGCCUUCUUUUGCCAAGAAUAACAUACCAUAUUUGACCCUUGACGACCAAGGACACCCAAAACUGAAGAGAAACCACAGCUACUAUUAUCAGGUGCUGGGGCAAAUGGCACUGACUGGCUGUGAAUGGGGAGACUUUGUUGUUUGGUCACAAAAGUGGCUGGCAGUUGAACGAAUACACUUUGACUCAGAAGGCUGGAUGUCUACAAAGGGGCCCCUUGAUUCAUUUUACUUCAGAAUUUUGCUGCCCUACUUGGCAUCACAAACCCAGAAAACACAACAGAGCGUCUCGGCCUAAUGUGCAAUGACUACAAUGUGAUAUGAUACAUGAUCAAAUGACCUUUAGUACAAAUAUUUCCCUGUUUAGAUAUAUAUUUAUACUGCAUUCUUUUAGGACAUAUCUGUCCAAUGUGAUAUUUUGUGCCAGCACUUAUAUUUAACAUGCUGUGACCUCUGUGCUGUAUUUUACAUGUG